AUGGCUGUGUGGGAGCAACUAGAAGUUUCGAAAGCCCAUGUUGCCUAUGCUUGUGUUGGUAUAUUCUCAGCCGUGUUUUCGUUGGUGUCUCUGUUCAUCAAGGAAAAACUCUACAUCGGUGAGUCCACAGUGGCCGGUAUAUUUGGUUUGAUUGUAGGGCCUCAUUGUUUAGGAUGGUUCAAUCCGUUGAAGUGGGGGAACUCUGAUUCGAUUACUUUGGAGAUUACACGAAUAGUGUUAUGUUUGCUAAUUUUUGCAGUGGCAGUCGAACUGCCGAGGAAAUACAUGAAAAAGCAUUGGCUGUCUGUUAUAAUGUUGUUGCUACCAGUCAUGACAACAGGUUGGCUGGUAGUUGGUCUGUUUAUUUGGAUUGUUAUACCGGGGCUGAAUUUUGCAGAUUCUUUGCUGGUAUCCGCUUGCAUAACGGCUACUGACCCUAUCUUGGCGCAGUCCGUUGUAUCCGGUAAGUUUGCCCAAAGAGUACCGGGCCAUCUUAGAAACUUGCUGUCCGCAGAGUCAGGCUGUAACGAUGGGAUGGCNUUCCCGUUUUUAUUUCUGGCAAUGAAUCUAAUUAUCCACCCGGGCAACGGGAGGGAGAUCGUUAAAGACUGGAUUUGUGUGACUAUCCUUUAUGAAUGUGUUUUCGGAUGUAUUCUCGGGGUGUUUAUUGGUUAUGUUGGUAGAGUGAGUAUCAGGUUUGCAGAGGAAAGAAAUAUCAUUGACCGUGAAUCGUUUUUGGCAUUUUACGUUGUGCUCUCUUUUUGUUGUGCAGGGUUCGGCUCCAUAUUAGGUGUUGAUGAUCUAUUGGUAUCCUUUGCUGCGGGGACUGCAUUUGCCUGGGAUGGUUGGUUUACUCAGCAAACGGAAGAGACCAAAAUUUCGACCGUCAUAGAUUUGCUGCUAAAUUAUGCGUACUUCAUUUUCUUCGGAUCCAUCAUCCCGUGGAGCCAGUUCAACAGCAGCGAAAUUGGUUGCGAUGUCUGGAGACUUAUCGUCUUAUCCAUAGUGGUUAUCUUUUUGCGGAGAAUACCUGCUGUCCUGAUUUUGAGGCCAUUUAUCCCGGACAUCAAAUCUUGGCGUGAGGCUGUUUUUGUCGGUCAUUUUGGCCCUAUUGGAGUUGGCGCAGUUUUUGCCGCAAUUCUGGCAAGAGCAGAACUGGAGUCGAGCAUCACUGAGGAACCUACACCAUUGAAAGAACUACCGGAAAAGGGGACCAAGCACUGGCAGUUGAUAUCUUGCAUAUGGCCUAUUACGUGCUUCUUCAUUGUUACAUCAAUCAUUGUCCACGGAUCUUCCGUUGCUGUCAUUACACUGGGUCGCCACUUGAACUCUAUCACUUUGACCAAAACAUUUACCACACAUACAAUGAAUGGGUCGGGCAAAAGUUCGUGGAUGCAAAGAUUGCCAUCUCUGGAUACUACAGGACGCUCCUUCUCCUUGCAUAGGGUCGACACUCAAAAGCAGGACGAUCUGUCAAGAACUAGCACUGUUGAAACGAGCGGUGUUCCUGUGAGGCCUGUCGGAGGUAUGAAGAGAAGAAAGCAUAAGAGUAAAGCCAAAAGAAGGUUUAGAAGAGGUAAAGAUAAGAUUCAAAAGGAAAUUUUCGGAUCCAAGUCUAGGGAUGCCUAUGAUGAUGAUGAGUUGAACGAUAUUGGCAGGGAAAGAUUGCAGCGGGAGAAGGAGGCACGUGCUGCCACAUUUGCAUUGGGCUCUUCUAAACAUCCAGACGAAUACGAAGAAGCCGAUAACGGCGAGGAAGGUGAUUACCAUAAUGUUGAAGAAUUGGCAGAGUACCCUGUCUACAUGUCAGAAGGUGAAGAGGGAGAAGGCGAAGAAACUCAAAUGAGCUCAGACUUGCCCUCUUCCCAACUUCCACCAGGACCUGAAUAUGAUUUGGGUGAGGAGCCAGAGAAAUUUGAGGACAGGAGCGACGAUAUAACUUCGUCGUCGACCACGCCAUCAGCUCAGGAGAGAAAGAGGCUGAUUGAGCGUGAUGAAAAACAAGGUAAAGUUGCAUACGUUGAUGGAAACAAUAUUAUUAUAGAGAACCGUCACGGUGAAAUCAUUGAUCAUGCUAAAAUGCAGUCUGACUCCAGAGAUGAAGAAGAAAACACCGGUCCUUCAUCCGUCGGAUUGAAUUUAACGACCACAGAAAGUAAUAGAUCUGACAGCAGCUUCCAUGCUUUGAAAAAGAUUUUAACGCCGACAUCAUUGUCCAAGAUGCGUUCUCUCGUGGAAGACAUACAACCAGAAAUAAACAGAUCGUCGACAUCGAAUAGCGAAGGGACCAAUGAUAGUAGAAGACCGAAGCACAAGUAUCAUGCAUAUAAGAUGGACGACCUGUUGAUCAUUGAAAAUGAAGAAGGUGAUGUUAUGAGGACGUACAAGAUCAACAGACAUCAUGGGCUGAAGCGGAAGGAAUCUCCAAGUAGAGAUGGUGGCGUUGUCUUAAAGGCCUUAUCAGCUGUUGGUAUUUUAUCGCGUGUUUCAUCUACCAAAUCUAAAACGAGCAACGACAGCGCUAAACCUAAGAUAUCGGAUACUCGGCGGAAGGUAGAGCAGCCACGUCAAUUAACAAGAAGUAAUAGAGUGCUGACCCCUGCUCCUGGUAGAGGUACACCGCCACUAUACGAACAAGACGAAGACAGUGAAGAAGAAGAUAUCAGCCUCAAUAGUUUGGAUUCGAAUAGUUAUGGCGAGGAGGGCGAUGCAUCAGAUUCUGCAGAAGAUGUCGAGGACGAGGAAUCUGAAACGGAAUUCGAGAGGCGCAGAAGACUGAAUGCUUUGGGGCACAUCUAUGCUCCAACGGACAAAGAUGAUGAAGAAGAACCUCCUGAGAGGACAGCCGUUGAAUCAUCUUCGAGGCAAACAGACUCUGCGACGCACAAGGUCAAAUCCAAACUGAGUAAAACACUCGGCUUGAAAUAA